UAAAAAAAAAAAAANAAAAUUAUUUAUCAAGACUGGGCUAUGUAUAGCCGCCAACAAGUCCAAUGCGGCAGCUGAUACACGGAAUUAUUAACAAUUUCUUAUAAAUUCAAAACCCAUUGUAAGAAGAAAAAAAAACCAAUGUAAAAAAAAAAAACAGAAAAAAAGAAGACACGCAAACACGUUAUCCACUGUCAAGUCAACUCUCUUGCGCAUGGAGAAAGUUUCGGAUUCCGACCUAACCCUACGCCCAUUCAACAUUUCCGACGCCGACGACCUAAUGAAGUGGUACUCGGACGAGAGAGUAAGCAGAUUCUGCUCGUUAAGCCCCUUCGCCUCCAGGGAGGCCGCUGCCGAUCACGUGGCGACCACGGUUAUCCCGCACCCAUGGCACAGGGCCAUAUGCGUGUCGGGCCGGGCCGUGGGUUCCGUGUCGGUCAGCCCGUUCUGCGGAAACAACCGGUGCCGGGCCGAAAUCGGGUAUGUGGUCGGGUCUGAGCACUGGGGAAGGGGGAUCGCGACGGCUGCGGUGAGGAUGGCGGCGGGCGCCGUGUUCGCGGAGUGGGCCCACCUGGAGCGGGUGGAGGCGGUGGUGGAUCUGGCAAUACGGCGUCGCAGAGGGUGAUGGAGAAGGCGGGGUUUGUGAGGGAAGGGGUGCUCAGGAAAUAUUAUCUUCUCAAGGGUCAGCCCAAGGACGCCAUUAUGUUUAGCCUCUUGUCUCCGGAUCCGUCGGUUUAAUUAUUCGUUGUUGGGGUAUUUGAGAUCGAGAUGAGAAUAUAUAUAGCUAUUUAUAUUUACAUCUUAGGUGUGUUUGUAUGAUAAGAAAUUUAACUGGCAUAUUCAUAAUUAUUAACUGGAAUUAGAUAAAUCAUAAGAAUCCAAUUCUAUCAAUUCAUAGAAUAUGAAUUUUUGCAUAAAAUAAAUUGCACAUGGAACUUACAAGAGUCCAGCUCAUAAUUUUUCUCC